AUGGAGAAAAGGGAAGAUGAGAAAGCAAAUAAGAUAACUUUUAGGAGCGUCCCAGAAUUUAGAGGGCUAUUUAUUGAACAGUGUUUGGCACAAGCUACUGAGUAUGGAUUUUCUGGAACUUCUUUGAAGCAAACUUCGUGGGGAAAUUUGUGCAAGUUCUUUUCUGAGAAGUAUGACUGCACCAUCACACAAAAAAAGUUGAUAAACCACUGGGAUUACUUGCGAACCCAAUAUGUCACUUGGUCCCGUCUCUUAGCUAGAACCGGACAUGGGUAUAACGCGGAGACGAACACAUUUGAUUGGAGCGAAGAGCAAUGGGUUGAAUUAGACAAGACAAUCAAAAACGCUAGUCAAUUCAAGAACAAGGGGCUGGAAGAUGCAGAGAAGUUGCAGAAUUUAUUUGAUGGGAAAUUCUCCACUGGAGCUAAUAGAGAUACGCCUGGAAGAGUGGAACCGCCUUGUUCAGCUGGAACUUCUAUAACUGCAUGGGUUUCAAAUAAUGGAUCUGAAUCUCGUACAAGUCAUGGAAAAGAAAAAAAUCAUGAGGAUGACAACGAGGUUGAUUCUAGUCUCAAUGCAAAGGGGAGUGGCAGGAAAAGGAAGAAGGAAAUGGAGGAAGAAUCAAGUGAUCUAUUAACUGAGAAAGUUUGUUCUAUUGUAACAUCGAUUGAGACUCAUCUUCAACAUAAGAAACUUGCUCUAGAAAAGGAUAGCGCAGCCGAAUUCAUGAAAGCUUUGGAUAAUUUACUUGAGACUGAUUGCAUCACAAUGGAUGAGUAUUUGAGCAUAACUCUAAAAGCUUCAGAGAUGCCUGGUUGGCAGAAAUUGUUUGUCAGUUUGAAAAGCGAUGAGCGUCGUGUUGCCUUUAUUGAAAGGCUACAAGGAAGAGGGUUUAGAGAAGGGGAGAACUUAAAUACAGGCAACGUGAUAAGACGUGUGGGUUAUGACCUCAUCCUGAGAGCUAAACCUGACCCCAAGUUCCACCUGAGCAGAAGGAAUAGCCUCAAUCAACUCUGGCGGGAUCCUAGAAUUUCAUCUUGUGACCCUAAGUGUUUAGAUGUGGAUGAUUUUGCAUUAGCAUAUGAGAUUAUGACUUUCUUACCUCUAAAUUCCAAGAAAAUGAAAACGCUAUUAUCUCAACUAGUAGUUUUAUGCUUGUUAGUGAAGAAACUUAAGAAGGCUAAACGGCGUGUACGCCCAAAGUACAAGAAGUCAAUUUUAACGGGAAAGGCUUUCACCCAAGACCUGUUAGAUGGAAAUCCGAGGAAUAUGUACAACCUAUUGAGAAUGAGUAAGGUUCCUUUUACCCUAUUAUGCAAUGAGUUCCGAGCCAAAGGACUUUUAGAGGAUAGUAAAUAUAUAGAAGUAGAGGAGAAGAUGGCAAUGUUCUUAUAUACAAUUGGGCACAACUGUAGGAAUCGUGUAAUUUUGUAUCACUUUCAACAUUCGGGUGAAACGGUUAGUAAGUAUUUUCAUGAAGUGUUGGCUGCUAUGAAGAUUUGGUCUGCUGAAGUUUUAGUUCCUCCGUCUAAUGUAUUUGACAAGCCAGCUAUAACUAAAAGGCAUAAACGUCUCAGAGAAGGUGCUUUUAAAGGUGCUGUUGGUGCAUUGGAUGGCACUCUAAUUAGUGCGAGCAUUCCAGUCGAGAAGCAAAUACCGUAUAGAGGAAGGGGAAGAGGAGAAUGUACCCAAAACGUGCUUGCGAUAUGUGAUUGGGAUAUGUACUUUUUGUAUGUAGUGGUUGGAUGGGAAGGCACUGCUCAUGACUCGAGAGUGUUGACCGAGGCAGUGCGUGAUCCAUAUUUCAAGUUUCCUUUACCUCCACCAGACAAAUACUAUCUAUGUGAUGUUGCGUACUCUCAUACACAAGGGUUUAUGUGUCCGUAUCGCAACAUAAGGUAUUGGAUAGGUGAUUACCGAAGAGUUCCUCCAACGGCAAAAGAGGAGAAGUUUAAUCAAGCCAAUGCUCGAUUGAGGAAUGUGAUUGAGAGAGCAUUAGGGGUAUUGAAAGUAAGAUUUCCCGUCUUAAGUAAAAUGCCUUCUUACUCAUUUGAGACUCAAAGAGAUAUCGUUAUUGCUUGCAUGUCAAUACAUAACUUUCUACGUCGUAAUGCAUUGGAUGAUUGGCUAUUUAAAGAAUAUGAGAAUGAGACAUUUGAUAUGAAUGAGACACAGGUGGAAGUCGAAGUGGAAGCGGAAACGGAAGAAAAUGCACCUCGUCUAUUUGGACGACAAGAACAGAUAUAUAUGAACAACUUACGGGGCAACGCUGAUGACUUGCAGAGCCCAGAUUACAAUCAAAGCGAAGGCAACAGAAUCUUGGGAAACUCUCUAACGGAUCACGGUGCAAUGGGACCACUAUCCAGGUGGAGGGAAACUACAACCAAGUCAGGAAAGUUCUUCGAGGGGUACUUAACUCCGGAAAAGUCUAUAACAUGGGCAACUAACAUAGUCCCAAAAAGUUCUUCAAGGGGGACCAAUUCCAAAUCAUUCCCAUCUUCACGGUUAAGAUUGUGA